AUGCUUUUGCCGACCAACGCAUCGUCGGGCUGGCAGCGUGCUAGGUUGCUAGCUGCUGUGGACAUGCAUUCCCCUGGCGACGAUGUGCAAGUCGACGCUCUCGAAGAGGAAAAUAGCGGUCAGGGCGCGGGCAGCGUUGGUCACUUGCUCAGCCUCGUUGGCGUCCUAGCGCAACCGACCCAUCAUCACCCAUCCCCCUCCGUCAUCAUUAUCAUCAUGUCGCAGUUCUUCAACUAUGGUGCGCAGCAGCACCACCCUCAGCACCUCAACGCCCAUUCGCACAACCACCACAGCGGCCGCUCACGAAGGGCCCCCCGCAUCUCGGCCCAGCAGCACAACAAGCAGUUCCGCCAAGUCCGCACCCCCAAGGAAUUCAACGUCGAGCCGCCCACCCUCAUCGCAUACAAGCGCGACUUCGAGGCCGCAAGGUCGUUUGACAUUGAGGACGAUGAGAUGUUCUGCCCCUUUCACCUGCUUACCGAGGAUGAUCUGCAGUCUAUCCACUCGUCAGGCUCAGAUCGCUCCUCGCUCUCAAGCGGAUCGCCUGAGCAGUCUCCUCUGCAGCACCAGCUGCAGCCCACCCCUUCGUUUGUCCUGUCCUCGGCCCCGAACCCAUACACUCCCGUCGGCUUCCAACAGAACAACUCGCAAACCAAGCUACACCAGCCACUAGCCCAGCGCACUCGCAAUGCCAUCCCCAUUGUCGACCCGUCCACACGCGCUGUUGCCAGCCCCCCACCAAGCGUCUCUCCCAACCGACAGAUGCAGCAACAGUUCAUGUCGCGACGCUGGUAG